AUGAACUUGAGCUGUUCGAUCGCCUCCAUUCUCUCUGCCUUUGGCCUUCUUGGCUUCAUUGGCGUGGGAUACCACUACCGGCCGAGCUUCCUCAAUCAGGUUGUGGGCGACGACGCUGAGUGGCCAACGAAAGAGUGGCACGAGACAUGGCACAAGUCAAUGGGAGACCGCUGGAUGUGCAAACAGAAGUGUGCUGAAGACGAGGAGUGCAUGUCCAAAUGCCCAAAACCAUGGAUUCACAUGGAAGAGAUGUGCACGGAGGUGUUUGACAUCGUCAUCAGAUGCCACCAGGGGUGCGGUGAUGACAUGAAUUGCCACCGCACUUGCCCUCUCCCAAAGUGCCCCAAGAUGGCGGCAAAAGUCAAGGGCAUCAUCCAGUGCAACAUCGACUGCGGCUCUGACGAUGCAUGCCGAGAUGCGUGCAAUGCACCUGUGAGGUCAUUCAGGCAGAUGUGCGGGAGGUUAAGUACAUCGGGAAUUUGCCACAAGAAUUGCGGCCAAGACCGGGUCUGUCACAAGCAGUGUCCCAGGGUGUUCCCAGGGAAGGCGUUCGUGAAGCCAGACUUUGCUGGUAUGCAGCCUCCACCAGCCCAGAUGGCCUCCACAUUCCGGUCGUGUCAAGCAAGCUGUGCAGGAGACGCCGACUGCAUCGAGAAAUGUCCGAAGCCCUUCUGGCUUGGCUUCAGGAAGAUCUGCCAGGAAGAAGUGACGCCCAUCAGUGAAUGCCACCGCAACUGUGGUCACGAUGAUGAAUGUCACGCGGAAUGCCCAUUCCCAAGCUGCCCGCAUAUGAAGGCGAUGGUCGAGACCGCCAACAAGUGCCACGAACGUUGCGGCCCAGAUCGGGAGUGUCACUAUCACUGUCCCACGCCGCUGAUGGAUCUGCAGAUGAGAUGCCAGGCCUUGGAGGAAGCGCAGCAGUGCCACGACGCGUGCAGGGAGGAAGAAGGUGAGUGCCACCACCUGUGCCCAAAGGCAGGGAUUUGGAAGUUCUGGCACCGCGGGCUGGACCAUGGCUUCCACCACGGCUUCCAGCAUGAGGAGGGCGUUCACCAUGACCAUCACCAUCACCAUGGCUUCCACCACGGCUUCCACCAUGACGAGGGCUUUCACCACGAGCAUGACCAUGGCUUCCACGGCUUCCAUGCCUUCCACGGUCACCACGGACACUGGCACCAUUUCCACCACGAGAGUGCGACCGAGCAGGAUCCGACGAAUCUCUUCUUGCGGGGAUCACAGCUGCAGGAGCAAGUCAUCACUUGCACCCACAAGUGUCAGAGCGACACGGGAUGCUUGGAGAAGUGCACAAAGAGUUGGUGGGAGUUGAAGAAGAGCUGUACUGAGGUCGUUGGCAUGCUUAGCAGUAGCAGAUCUCAGCGGGUCAGCAGGAAGAUGCAGCACAUUGGAAUGCUCUCAUCGGAUCCGCCACCGAUUACCUGUGACGGAAGAGAUGCCGCCGUGCUUCCAAAGGGUAGGGCAGGCGACCUCGACGACAGCCUUGAGGAGUUGAUGGCAAGCUUGCGGCCUCCUCCGAUCACUCGUCCAGCCAGUGAUGGAGGUGCUGCUACCGGCGGCGCACUGGCUGUGCUGCAGGCAGCGCUCUUACCCUGCUCGGAGCCUCCGUCCCGUGGCCAAAGUCCUGGCCCACGACACCAGGACGGCAAGGCAGAUCGCCGCUUUCCGCCAAGAAAGCCGUCUGAACUUGGAAGCAUCUGCAGCCCGUCCAACGGCCGAGGCACUGCGCAGCGGCGAGGCGAUCGCACACCCAGCGUCUCGCGGAUACCGAGCAGCCCUGUGGCAUCUUCACCAUGUGAAAGCCGCGGAAGGCCCUCACCGACGGCAUCUCCGCCCAGGCAAUCUGCGAGUGCAAUGCCUCUAAGGCAUUCUCCGAUCUUCCCCUCUGCCGAGAAGGCCAAGGCUCUCUGGCCGAGGCCAGCUCGGAGAACGGCCUUCGUCAGCUCUGCAUCCGACGCAAACAGCGAGUUCCGGCCAUACAUGGAGGAUGGCCAUCAGGUGGUUCAGCCUCUUCACAGGGCCGGCAGCGCAGACAUGGAGGAGCUCUGGGACUUUUUCGGUGUCUACGAUGGCCACGGCGGCCGAGCCGAGGUGGAUCACGUGGAGGCACACCUCCACGGCACCGUGCGAAGCGAGCUGCUUGCGGCCGGCGAUGCCCCGACCGCGUUGGUGGCCGCGUUCAAGAAAAUGGACAGCCAAUUGGCUAUGAUGGGCGCCUGGAACAGCGGCUGCACGGCAACCGUGGCGUUAGUGAUCCAGCAGGGUCUUAGCCGUAUCGCUCACGUCGCCAAUGUUGGAGACUCCAGAGCGGUUCUCGUCUCGCCCACAGGCGACAGUCGGCGGGUCUCCAGAGAUCAUCGUGCAAGCGAUCCUGACGAGGCCCGGCGUGUCUCCGAGGAGGGCGGCUUCGUUCGAUUCGGCCGAGUUGGUGGUGCCCUGAGCGUCUCCCGAUCGCUGGGGGACCACAACUUGAAGGGUGCCGGCGUGAGCUGCAUUCCAGACAUCUUCAGCUUCCCGGUCAACGACGGGGAAGCGUUGUUGGUUGCUUCUGAUGGCUUCUGGGAUGCGCUGAGCGAU